AUGCCCGGAGUUCCGCUCGACGCCAUGGACCAGGUCAAAAAGGCCUUCAAGAGCCUCUUCAAGAAGAAGCCCAAGAAGGAGUCAGCCACGCCAACGGUUCCUGCUGACGGCGCGUCCUCUGCUCAAGCAAAGCCCAGCGAGACCACGCCUGCCGCACCCGCACCCGCCACGGCACCGGCCCCUGAAGCUGCGAAGAGCGAGACCACGCCUGCAACCACAGCCGCUGCUGCCUCCGUUUCGGCCGUGGACUCGGCCCAGCCUGUGCAGCUAGCUGCUGUCCCUGUCGCGACUGAGCCCAAGCAGGACGAGGCUGCUGCGACCUCGACUGAGGUCAAGAAUGCUACUCACACUCCUGAACCUGCCGGCGCUGUCGUUCCCCCGCCACCCACGGCCGUCGCAGCUCAGACUCCCGCAGAUGAUGCGCCCGUUGAUACUCCUAUCAAGGCCACCGAGGCCACCGAGGCCUCGGCUCCAGCUCCAGCUCCUGCGCCGACCGAGUCUACACCUGCUGCCCCUGUAGAUUUGCCAGCCGUCCCCACCAGCAAGCCAGCUGCUGGCAUGAGUGCUACAAGCGGACCCAUGUUUGAUGAACCCAACUUCGGCUCAGAGGGCAAGGGAGAGCAACCCGUGGCCACAGCUACGCCCACACAGGAUUCUGCAGCUCCUGCUUCUUCUGCCACUCCUGCAGCUCCUGCAGCUCCUGCGUCCUCGGCGACCACGACUGUCCCUGCUGCGCAGUCAGAUCCUGCAGAGAAAUAG